ACGAAUCUCUGCGUUAGUGGGGUAAUUACUUUAUCACUUUGACCGCUCUUAUUAUCUAUCAGAAACUCAUAAUAUUCUCAUUCUUUAUCAUUACCCCAAGUAAGUACGAAGAUUCUUCUAAAUGUCUGUGAUUCAAAUUGAAAAUCGAGGAAGGCUACGUAUCCUCACCAUAAAUAACAUCAAAAAGAGAAACGCUCUGAACAGACAAGGUUACUUGGAUCUUACAAAAGCCCUUCUGGAUGCUGACAAGGAUGACACUGUAACCGUCUUAGCUAUAACCGGAGCAGGAAACUUCUACAGCUCAGGCAAUGAUAUAGCUGGUGCAUUUUCCGAUCCAGUACCGGAGGAAGAGAGAAAGGCAAUUCUCACUAAUCUAGUCAAAGCUUUCUACACAUUCUCCAAGCUUUUAAUUGCAGUUGUCAAUGGACCUUGCAUUGGAAUAUCAGCAACAACUGCUGCUCUUUGCGAUGUAAUCUACGCGGAGAAAGAUGCUUACUUCUACACUCCAUUCACAUCUCUCGGCCUGUGUGCUGAGGGGUGUUCAUCUGUGACAUUCCCAAGGAUUUUGGGAAAAAGUAAAGCAAAUGAAAUGCUCCUGUUGAACCAUAAGCUAACAGCCCAGGAAGCUCUUCAGUUUAAUUUUGUCUCUGAGGUGUUCUCCAUGAAGGAUUUGAAUACAAAAAUAUGGCCAAGAAUUGAGGGUUUUGCCAAACUACCCUACAAAUCCAUUAUGACAACAAAAAGUUUAAUUAAAAGGUUUGAGACUGAAGAGUUAGAGGCGGCUAAUAUUGUUGAAAAUGAAGCCCUUGGAGAAAGGAUUACAUCGGAAGAAUGUAUUCAAGCUGCAAUGGAAUUCAUGCAGAAAAAAGUAAAAUCUUCUCUAUAAAUUAAGGAUAUUGAAGAAAAUAAUUACGGGUGAUGGUGUUAAAAGCGUAUGGGAGUAAAGGAGUUCCUUCCGGAUACAAGAAUUUUUGAAGAAGUGAGGAUAUUGUACUAAGAGUACAAUGUUAAAGGAUAAAAAAUCUGGACGAUUGUGAAAAAUAAGAUAUUAUUCAUGGACAUGGGUUAUUUUUACCAAUAAAAGAAAAAAGUUUAUAAUUUUAAAAA